GCUGAAUACAUCAAUACGAUUACUUAAUAGUUGAACUUUUGGAAAUUAGCUCGUUGGGAUCAUGGAAUCAAUUCUCGAUUUUUCUAAAGAGCUUGAUGUUACGUUGUUUGAUCAAGUUGUGGAUUCCUUUUUCAAAGGAUCGGGUAAUGAUCAACAACAAGCACAAUUAGUAUUGAAUCAAUUUCAAGAACACCCAGACUCAUGGCAAAGAUCGGAUCAAAUUUUAUCGAGCUCGAAUAAUUCACAAUCCAAGUAUAUUGCAUUAUCAUGUUUAAAUAAAUUAAUUCAAUACCGUUGGAAAACAAUUCCAGAAAAUGAACGAUUAGGAAUUAGAAAUUUUAUUGUUAAUAUGAUUAUUGCAUUAUGUGAAAAUGAUUCAAUUUUUGAAAAUGAAAGAGCUCUUAUUAAUAAAAUUGAUUUAACUUUGGUUAGUAUUUUGAAACAAGAAUGGCCUCAUAAUUGGCCCAAAUUUAUUCCAGAAAUUGUUUCAAGUUCAAGAUCGAGUUUUAACGUUUGUGAAAAUAAUAUGAUUAUAUUGAAAUUAUUAAGUGAAGAAGUUUUUGAUUAUGGUCAAGAUCAAUUAACCCAAGCAAAAGUUAAAACUUUAAAAUUAAGUAUGAAGGCAGAAUUUGAAGAAAUUUUUAAAUUAUGUUAUGAAGUUUUAGAUAAAACGGGCAAACCUUCUUUAAUUAUUGCUACUUUAAAUGCUUUAUUGAAAUAUAUUCAAUGGAUUCCAUUAAAUUAUAUUUUUCAAACUGAUUUAAUUGAUUUAUUAUCUUCAAAAUUUUUAGCUGCUGUUGAUACUAGAGCAAUAACUUUAAAAUGUUUAACUGAAGUUGCUAGUUUAUCAAAUCCUGAAAAUGAGGAACAAUUUAUUAUUUUAUUUAAAAAUUCAAUGGAACAAAUUGUUCAAAUUAUACCUCCAACAACUGAUUUAAAAGAUUCUUAUUCAGUGGCAAACUCAAAUGAUCAAUCUUUUUUACAAGAUUUAGCAAUGUAUUUAUGUACAUUUUUAUCAAAUCAUUUAAUACCUUUAGAAAAAAAUGAAAAUUUAAGAGAUUUAUUAUUAACCUCGCUUAAUUAUCUUAUUCAAUUAUCAAGAAUUGAUGAGCGAGAAUUGUUCAAAACUUGUUUAGAUUAUUGGAAUAUUUUUGUCUCUGGUUUAUUUGAAGAAAUUCAAAAAUUACCUCAAAAUGAAUUAAGUCCAAUGUUACAAUUAACUUAUUCUUCUAGUAUUGGUAGAUCAAUUAGUGGUGCUCCAGAUCCUGCACAAUUAGCUAAAUUUCCCUUAAGAGCUCAUUUAUAUUCUUCAAUUUUAUCAAAAUUAAGAUUAAUUAUUAUUGAAAAUAUGGCUAGACCCGAAGAAGUUUUAAUUGUCGAAAAUGAUGAAGGGGAAAUUGUUCGUGAAUUUGUUAAAGAAAGUGAUACUAUUCAAUUAUAUAAAUCUUUAAGAGAAGUUUUGGUUUACUUAACUCAUUUAGAUGUUAUUGAUACUCAACAAAUCAUGAAUGAAAAAUUAGCUAGACAAAUUGAUGAAAGUGAAUGGUCAUGGCAAAAUAUUAAUACCUUGUGUUGGGCAAUUGGUUCAAUUUCUGGUACUAUGAAUGAAGAUAUGGAGAAAAAAUUUUUGGUUUCUGUUAUUAAAGAUUUAUUAAGUUUAACUGAAAUGAAACGUGGUAAAGAUAAUAAAGCAGUUGUUGCUUCAAAUAUUAUGUAUAUUGUUGGUCAAUAUCCUCGUUUCUUAAAAGCCCAUUGGAAAUUUUUGAAGACUGUUGUCAAUAAAUUAUUUGAAUUUAUGCAUGAAACCCACGAAGGGGUUCAAGAUAUGGCUUGUGAUACUUUUAUCAAAAUUACUCUUAAAUGUAAAAAACAUUUUGUUGUUACUCAACCUCAAGAAACUGAAGCUUUCAUUCAUGAAAUUAUUAAUAAUAUUCAACAAAUCACUGAAGACUUACAACCUCAACAAGUUCAUACUUUUUAUGAAGCUUGUGGUAUAAUAGUUAGUGCUGAAACUUCUAAAAAUUCAAGAGAUAAAUUAUUAGCUGAUUUAAUGGAAUUACCAAAUAUCGCUUGGAAACAAAUUAUUCAACAAGCUGGUCAAGAUCCAGAAUUAUUAACUAAUACUGAUACUGUUAAAAUCAUUGCUAAUAUCAUUAAAACUAAUGUUUCAGUUUGUAAAGCCUUAGGUCCAGGAUUUUAUUCUCAAUUAGGUUUAAUGUAUGUUGAUAUGUUAUCAUUAUAUAAAGCAGUUUCUACCAUGAUUUCAGAUUUAGUUGCUCAAAAUGGAUUGAUUGCUACUAAAACACCAAAAGUUAGAAGUUUAAGAACAAUUAAAAAGGAAAUUUUGAAAAUGAUUGAAACUUAUAUUAAUAAAGCUGAUAAUUUAGAAGAAAUUGUUAGAGACUUAGCCCAACCUUUAUUUGCAGCAGUUUUAGAAGAUUAUAGAUCCAAUGUUCCUGAUGCUAGAGAUGCAGAAGUUUUAAAUUGUAUGACUGCUCUUGUUUCAAAAGUUGGUCAUAUGAUACCGGAUGGAGUUGUUUUAGUUUUACAAAAUGUUUUUGAAUGUACUUUAGAUAUGAUUAAAAAUGAUUUUGUUGAAUAUCCUGAACAUAGAGUUGAAUUUUAUAAAUUAUUAAAAGAAAUUAAUUCAAGAUCUUUUUCGGCUUUAUUACAAUUAUCAGGAGAUGCAUUCCAAUCAUUAAUCAAUGCUGCAUUAUGGGCUUUCAAACAUAACAAUCGUGAUGUUGAAGAUAAUGGAUUAUCACUUACUAUAGAUUUAAUUGAAAAUGUUGAAAAAUUAGGUGAUACUCCUUUUACAAAAGCAUUUUAUGAAAAUUUUUAUUUACAAAUUUUGUCAGAUACUUUUUAUGUUUUAACCCAACCAGAUCAUAAAUCUGGUUUCAGAUACCAAGCUCAAUUAUUAGCUCAAUUAAUUCAUUUAGUUGAAGAUAAUAUUAUUAAAUAUCCAUUAUAUUCUUCUGAUCAAGCUCCUCAAGGUACUUCAAAUUCACAUUAUUUAAAACAGUUUUUAGCAAACUUAUUAUCUUCAGCCUUUGAUAAUUUACAAGAAGACCAAUUGGUUAAUUUCUUAAAUGUUUUGGUUUCGGUUUACAAAGAUUUAAAUAAAUUUAGAAGUGUUUUAAGAGAUUUCUUAGUUCAAAUUAAAGAGUUUGGCGGUGAUCCAACCGAUUACUUAUUUGCAGAAGAUAAAGAAAUUGAAAAACAAGAACAAUUUAAACUUCAAAGACAAAAAGAUUUACAAGUUGGUGGUUUGGUUAAACCUUCUGAAAUGGAUGAUUAAUUAAUCACCUUCCCCUUCAUUACAGCAACUAAUUGUUCCAUAUCCUAAUGCUGUUCUAUCAUGCGUGUAUCAUAAUAUCUGUUCGUGUUUGCUUGUCUUUUCUUCUUACUACCUAAGUAUAUCUGAUAUAUAAACACCGGGCUUUCACCGGGUUUUCAUUA